AUGUAUCAACCAUUAAUUAUACAAAUAAGUUUAGCACUAACUAUCAUCUUUAUUGUAACAGGAUUGAUCAAUGCUAUUUGUUGUGUAAUGACAUUUCAAAAUCAAACUAUACGUGAAGGUGGUUGUGGUAUGUAUUUGUUAGGUUCAUCAAUCACUACCUUAUUUACAACAAUUAUGUUUGGAUUGAAAUUUUGGAUACUUUUACUUUCACAAAUGACAACUGUGUCAAAUCGAUCAUUUUUACAAGUUCAAUGUAUUUCUUUUGGUUUUCUUCUACGAAUUUGUCUUAAUAUGCAUCAAUGGUUAAAUGCAUGUGUGGCUUUGGAACGAGCUAUUACUGUAAUCAAAGGUACUACAUUUGUUAAGAAAAAAAGUAAACAAGCAGCUAGGAUAGUUAUUCUCAUUCUUUUGCUUGUCGUCGGCGGUACAUCUAUUCAGGAUCCUAUUCGUCGACGAUUAAUUGAUGAAGAAAAUUUUAAUGAUAUUGAGAAGAAAAGAAUAUGGUGUGUUAUCAGUUAUUCACCCAGUUUACAAAUAUUUAAUACUAUUUUGCAAAAUAUUCAUUUUCUUGGUCCACUUCUGAUCAAUCUUAUGUCAGCAGUUAUUCUCAUAAUAAUGAAAUCUAGUCAACAAUCACAUGCUCAACGUAUGCGAACUUACUACGAUCUUAUACGUGAAAACUUUCAUCAACAUAAACAUUUAUUUAUUGCUCCAGUUCUAUUGGUUAUUCUUGCAUUGCCACGUUCAAUUAUGACUUUUGUAUCAAAAUGUAUGAAAUCAGCUAAUGAAUCGUGGUUAUUUCUUGUUGGAUAUUUUAUUUCAUUUAUUCCACCAAUGCUUACUUUUGUUAUAUUUAUAUUACCAUCAAAAUUCUACAAGAAAGAGUUUCAUAAGACUAUUAUGCGAUAUCGAACUUAUGCACGGACACGAUUGCACGUAAUUUCGUAA